AUGCUUGAACUUGCUCAAAGUUUAAUAUUAAAUGAAGAAGCACUUAAUAGUUUACCAGAAAAUAAACGACCUGUAUUUAUUUAUGAAUGGCUUUGUUUUUUAAAUAAAGUACUUGUUGCUGCUCAAAAAAAUGAUAUUCGUGAAUGUCAACCACGUAUUGUUGAACAACUUAUGCAACAAGUUCAAUAUGGACCUGGACCACCAAUACGAACAUUAAUUGGUCGAAAUUUAGCAACAUUAUUUAGUGUUGGAGAUCCAUUUCCAUUAUUUAAUACAGUUAAUCGUUGUAAUGAUAUAUUAAAAUCAAAAGAUGAAACUGCUAAAUUAGCUACUGUUGUGGUUAUUGGUGCACUUUAUGAACGUCUUGGUCGAUUAGUUGGUCGUUCAUAUGAAGAAACUGUACAAUUAUUACUUAAAACAUUAAAAAAUGGUGAUUCUCAAAUGCGUUUUGAAAUUAUGUUUACAUUUGAACGUAUUAUUAAUGGACUUGGUUCAGCUGGUAAUAAUGUUCAUCGAGAAAUAUUUAAAGUUGCAAAAACUUAUAUAUGUGAUCGAGCAAUGCCUGUUCGUUCAGCUGCUUCAAUGUGUCUUAUUGCAUUAAUUAAUCAAAAUAAUUUUAUGUAUACAAAUGAAUUAGAAGGAAAUGUAACAUUAGCUUUUCGUGCACUUGAUGGUUCAAAUUAUGAAGUUCGUUGUUCAAUAGCAAAAUAUUUAGCAGCAUUAUUAGCAGCAACACAAGAAACAAUUUUAAAUCCAAAUCAAAAUACAAUGAAUAAAUCGAAUGUUAAUGUAACAAAUAUUAAAAAAAUUAAAGCAGAAGAUUUAUUGAAUUAUCUUGCUGGUGGAUUUUUACGUGGUAAUAUUGGAUUUUUAAAAUCAAAUACAACUGAACGUAUUAAAGGACCAACAACAGUUCAACGUGAAAUACGUAUUGGUGUUACUCAUACAUAUGUCGAAUUAGCUCUUGUACUUGGUACAUCAUGGAUUGAACAAAAUUUAUCUUUAUUUAUAAAUCAUAUACUUGAAUUAGCUGGAAAUCCUCGUUCAUCAACAUCACAUGUUGAUGCUGUUUAUUCACGUAAAUGUAUUACAUUUAUACUUCGUUCAGUUAUUGGUUCACGUCUUGGUGAAAAAGCACAAUUUGCUGCUGCAAAAGAAUAUGCAACAAUAAUAACACGUUAUACAACACCACAAUUAAUAACAAAUAAUAUUAAUUCAUCAACAACAUCAACAAAUGAUUUACAUAUAUCAACUGGUUCAUCAUCACUUAAUUCAAGUACAAAUUCAAUGAUACAAUCAUAUGGUUCAUCAUCAACAAAUACAUUUGAAUUAUCAACAAAUAUUGAAUAUACACAACAUAUACUUAUUUGUGCUUUACAUGAACUUAGUUUACUUGUACAAAGUUUUGGAACAUCAACAUCAUUAUUAUUACAAGAUAGUUGUAAUGGUUUAAUAGAUACACUUUUUUUAGUUAUACUUAAUCCAUCACAUAGUGUAAGAUUAUCAGCAGCAUGGUGUCUUCGUUCUAUAACAACAGCAUUACCAUCAUUGAUGACACCAUUGAUUGAUAGAUGUCUAGAUAAAAUGAAAACUUUAGCAAAACAAACAACGUCUUAUAAUACAGAUGCUAUGUCUGGAUUUGCACUUGCUUUACAAGCAUUACUUGGAGCUGUUUAUCGAUGUCCAUUAGGUAUACCAUCACAACGUGCUAAAACAAUAUUUGAUUUUGCUGAUGAUCUUCUUCGUACAGCAACAACUUCAAUAGCUGGUCAACAACAAUCUUUAAUACCACGUGUUAUAUUACAACGUACACAUACAGCAUGGCAUUUACUUGCUGCAUGUUGUACACUUGGACAACAAGUUAUUAAAAAAUUUGUUCCACGUUUAGUACUUCUAUGGCGUAAUGUAUUUCCACGUUCACAAGCUGAUUUUGAACAAGAAAAACAACGUGGUGAUUCAUUUACAUGGACACUUUCAUUUAAUCAACGUUCAGGUGCACUUUGUUCAAUGAUAUCAUUUUUAAAUAAUUGUUCAACAGGUGAUGAUCAUUUAAUAACUGAUGAUUUACUUAAACGUAUGUUAAAUCCAAUUGAAAAUGCUAUACUUGUUUUACUUCAUAUACCAAAUUUAAUAAAACAAUUUGGUCCACAAUUAAAAGCAUCAACAGCUAUGUUUCGUUUACGUUUAUAUGAACUUCUUUUACUUAUACCAAUUAAAUUUUAUGAACAACAUUUUAAAAUUUUAUUAAGAGAAUUAGUUGCAGAAUUUACAUUAACUGAUAAUGCAGCAAAUACAACAACGUCUUUACUUCGAUCUGUUUGUCAUGAUAAUGAUAGUGUUUUACUUGGUAAUUGGCUUCAAGAAACUGAUUAUCAAAUGAUUGAAGAACAACUUCAACCAAAUUCUGCUAGUGGUUCAGGUGCACUUGAACAUGAUGAAACAUAUCUUUAUCGUCGUGAUAAAUCAUUAACAUCUUUUAAUAUUAUAAAUUAUCUUGUUCGUUCAUCAUCAUCAACAACAGAUAAUAAUUCAAGUAAUGCAUAUUAUUCUCGUCCAGCUGAAUUAAAUAUUCCUGGACCAUUACCAUUAGGUGUUGCUGUUAUUGAUGCAUCAAUACUUCUUUAUGGUACAAUGUUUAUACGUGUACCAAAUAAACAUCGUUUAAAUAUGUUACAACAUUUUAUUGAUAUAAUUAAACAAUCAAAAGGUGCACGACAAGAAGCUGUACAAAUAAAUAUAUUUACAGCUGUUUUAACAGCAUUAAAAAUUUUAGCUGAAACAAAACCAUCAUCAACUAUAGAUGAUGAAAAUGUUAAAAAAUGUGCAUGUACACUUGUUAUGCAAACAUUAAGUCAUCAAAAUCCAAUAUUACGUUGUGCAGCUGGUGAAGCACUUGGUCGUUUAACACAAGUUGUUGGUGAUGGACGUUUUGUUGCUGAUAUAGCACAAAUAUGUUUUGAUCGUCUUAAAGAAUUUCGUGAUGUACCAUCACGUACAGGUUAUUCAUUAGCACUUGGUUGUUUACAUCGUUAUGUUGGUGGUAUGAGUACAGGACAAUAUUUAAAUUUAUCUAUAUCAAUACUUCUUGCACUUGCACAAGAUCAAUCAGCAUCAAUUGUUCAAGUAUGGGCAUUACAUGCAUUAGCAUUAAUUGCUGAUUGUGGUGGACAAAUGUUUCGUUCAUAUGUUGAACCAAGUUUAGCACUUAUAUUAAAUCUUCUUCUUUCAAUAUCACCAUCACAAUCUGAUGUAUAUCAAUGUUGUGGUCGUUUACUUAGUGCAUUAAUUAUAACAAUUGGUCCUGAACUUCAAACAAAUACAAAUUAUAUAUCAAUAUUACGUUCAUCUUGUUUAACAGCAUGUAGUCUUUUACAAAUGCAUAUUGAACCAAUUGUUCAAGCUGAAGCUAUACAAGCAUUACAACAAUUACAUUUAUUUGCACCACGUCAUGUUAAUUUAUCAAAUUUAGUACCAGAAUUAAUAAAAGCAUUAAAAUGUCGUGAUUUAUCAUUACGACGUGCAUGUGUUUCAUGUUUAAGACAAUUAUCACAACGUGAAGCUAAAGAAGUUAGUGAACAUGCAAAAUUAUUUAUGAAAGAUAAAGUACAAGAUUUAACACUUGGACUUUCAGAAUUUCGAAGUCUUGAAGAAUUACUUUUUUCUAUGCUUGAUACAGAAACAGAUACAAAAUUAUGUUCUAAUGUACAAGAUACACUUGUUUAUAUGCUUCAAGCAUUGGGUGCUAAUAAUUUAACACAUUGGUUACAAUUAUGUAAAGAUGUUCUUGCUGCUACAACAGAAACAUCUGGUAUGGGACCAUCUUCUGAAACCGAUCAACAACAACAACAACAACAACAAAAUUCUGCUUCAACAAAAACUUCAUCACGUCUUACAAGUGAUGAUGAUGAAGAUAGUUUUGGUCUUCAUGAUGAUGAUAAUGAUUAUGCUGAUACAGGUGGUGAUGAACAAUUACAUACAACUAAUAAUCAAAAUACAAUACGUCGUGCAACAUCAUCAGCUAAAUGGCCAACAAAAGUUUUUGCAGCUGAUUGUGUACAAAAAUUAAUAAAUUAUUGUGAACAAACAUCAUUAUCAAAUUUACAUUUUGAUUAUAUAUCAGCUAAAGAACGUUUACGUACAUAUCCAAAUGAAGAUUAUCUUGUUAUACAUUUAAAUACAUUAAUUACAUUUUCAUUUAUGUCAUGUACAUCAACAAGUGAUCAAUUACGUUUAUCUGGUUUAUCAUUACUUAAACAAAUUAUAUUAAAAUUUUCACAUAUACAAGAAGAUAUUGAUUUACCAGAUCAUGUUAUCCUUGAACAAUAUCAAGCACAAGUUGGUGCAGCAUUACGACCAGCUUUUUCACAAGAUACAUCAUCACAUGUAACAGCACAAGCAUGUGAUGUAUGUAGUACAUGGAUAUCAAGUGGUGUUGCACAUGAUUUAAAUGAUUUACGUCGUGUACAUCAAUUACUUGUAUCAUCAUUACAAAAAUUUACUUCAAUACAACAACAUAAAAAUGAUAUAACAAUGAUAUAUAGUGAAAAUGCAUUAACAAUUGAAAAUUUAGCUGUUUUACGUGCAUGGGCUGAUGUUUAUAAUGUUGCAACAAUACGACAAAAUGAAGAAAAAAAUAAUCGAAAUAGUAAUUUAUUAAUACUUGUACAACCUGAAUUAAAUGUUCUUAUACAUCAUUGGCUUGCAGCAUUAACUGAUUAUGCUUUUUUAAUAUUACCAAAUGAAUUUGGUGGUGGUGCCGGUGGUGGUGGUGUUGGUGCUGGUAGUAGUGGUAAUAAUAUUGAUGAAAAUUCUAAUGGUGGAAAUUUUUAUUCAGCUGAAUCAAAUCUUGAUUUAACACGUACAAUAUAUAAAGCUAAUUGGUCAUCAAUUAUGCAAGCAACAACACAAUGGCUUAGUGAACAUCAUUAUGAACUUGAAACAUUAGCUGCUAAUCAAAAAUUUAUUGGAUAUAGACAACGUGAUAUAUUAAUGACAAAAUUUAUAACAUCAACAUUAUCAAAUAAAAUACGAACAUUUCCAGAAAAAAAAGAUGAUAUUUUUUCAAUGUUAUUAGGUUGUUGUAUUGAAGCACUAUCAAUAUCUAUAUCAGAACAAACAGAAGAUAAUAUUGAAUCAAUUUUAUCUUCAUUAAUUAAUUUAUUACAAUCAGAUAUAGCUAUAAAUCAGAUGACAAUAUCUAUAUGUAUUGAAAUACUCAAUGUUUUACAACGUCUUCAUUUUGUUCGUACUGAUUUAAAAACUCAUUUACAUAUAUUAAAAAUUGUUGAUAAAAUUUUUCAUAUUGUACCAUCAUUUUCACAAAUAACAACAAAUGUUAAUGAAGAUCAUCUUGUACCAGGCGAAUCAUUUUUAUUUGCAUCAUUAGAAUUACUUGUUUGUGUUCUAUUAAGUUAUUAUCCAAAUAUAGCUAGUGAUUUACAAUUAGGUCCAAUUUUUCAAAUGAAAUUAUCUAUGAAAACAAAUUCAGAUAAUCAAAAAAUUCAUGAAUUAAUUUUAUUAAAUAUUAAACUUCUUAGUGAACUUAUUACAUUAUGUACAACAAAUGAAAGUCUUCAAGCAUUAAUACCAGUUAUUCUUCAUUUAUUAUUAUCAACAAGUUUUGUACUUCUUUCAACAAAAACUGAUGAUCAAAAACAAUUAUUAUCAACAAUAAUUCAAUUUAUUGAAAAUAUUUUUUCAACAACAAUUGAUAAAGAUAUUUUACGUUGUACAAUAAUUACAAUUAUUAAUUUAAGAACAAAUCUGAUAAAUAAAGGUUUUUCUGAUAAUGGACAUUUUGUUCAAUGUCUAACAUCAUUAAUUAUUAAUUCAACAUCAAUUGAUUUAACAGAUGAAUGUAUAGACUUUUAUCGAACAGCAUUAAAUGAUGAAAAAACUGAAACUCAUAUUCGUAUAUAUCAAUGUAUUAAUCAAUUAUUUCAAUGUACAAAUAUUCCAAUACGUAAUCAAUUUAUACAAAUAUUUACACCAAUAUUAUUAAAUGAAUUAAAAAAAUAUAAUGAAGAUCAACAACAAGAAUAUAUUAUUGAAAUUUUAAAAUGUUUUGAAACACUUUUAACGAUUGUUGAUUCAACAUUACGUAUUCGUUUAGCAUCAUUAAUCAUUCCAUUAUUUAUAAAUUUUCUUCCUGAUUCCACAGUAUCUGCACAAAAAUUUAAUCAACAAAAUCUACGUUUAAUAUCAUAUAUAAUUGAACGUAUACAAUAUUUAAUUCCAAUAUAUUCAAAUGAAUUUCGUAUUAUUCUUCAAACUUCACCUGAUCUUCGAACAAAACUUGAAAAUGCUAUACGUCGACAACAACAAUUUAAACAACAACAAAAAGAUGAAAAAGAAUCAAAUUAUAUAUCAAAACAUUAUAAUUUAUCUAUGAAUACAUCAUCACAAGCACCUUCACUUCCUCUUCGUAUUGAUUUUUCAAAUUUUAAAUCAUCAUAA